GGAGGAGUUCAGUUUAGGAAUGGCGCCAUCUGCUGGCUAAACAGUGCAAGUGUUGGUCAGGUGCGUCAAAUGACAGCAAAGCAUAGUUCAAAUCGCAGCAUUUAUUUGUUUAUUUGGCCACCGGAACACAUUUCCUGCAUGCGUGAGGUGGGCAGGGAAGAGUCCAUAAGAGACUUUAAAAAAAAAAAAAAAAAAAAAGUGCGGUGGCCCGGGCCGCGGGGUCGAAACACGCCCAGGUGGAAGUGGCCCUUCCGCCGCAGCAAAGCCGCACAGCAUCUGCGUUGGUGGACGGAUGCGAGCAAGGGUGGUUCGGGGUCCUUAAAUAGGACCCGUCUGGCAGCCCAGUUCCAGAAUGCUGCUCGCACCAGUGUAAUGGCAGCUCUCCGCUUCGGGAUGGAGGAGGCCACGGCCACACGGCGUCGCCGAGCAGGCGCGGCGGCCUGCAUGCUUGCGCUCACCCUCCUGCAGGGCGGCUCCGUGGCGUCCAACACGUCGCCCUUGGCGGGCUCCAAUUGGGGCAACCCGCGGAGGUUGGUGCACCUGCAGACUUCCACGGAGCUCAGCAACUUCUACCUGGAGAUCAAGCUGGACGGCACUGUGCGGAGAAGCACCAGCAGGAAUCCGUAUAGCGUCAUCAUGCUGAAGGCGGACACCAGGGAGCGCGUCGCCAUCCUCGGCGUGAAAAGCAGUCGCUACCUGUGUUUGGACCUUAACGGAACCCCGUUCACCUCGGCCGUGUGUCUGCGUGACGACUGCGUGUUUGAGCACCGGCUCCUGGAGAACAACCGUGACGUCUUCUACUCUGUCCGCACCGGCAUCCUGCUCAACCUGGAGGGCUCCCGACAGGUGUUUGUCGCUGGCCACAACCUGCCGCCCACUGCGCUCUUCCUGCCCAAGAGUAGCUCGGUGCCCCUGGAGCGCCUCCUGCUGCAGCGGGAGAGGCGCAACCGACCGCUGGGAGAGCGCCCCUCCUCAUCCCCCCCACUCGCCCCUGCCGCUGCGGAGAGCUCCGACUCCCGGGCCGUUCCGGAGGACGACGCGGACCUUGAGCUGCUGGAACUUGGCGACGACGGUACUAAUGCGUCCCGGGAGAUGCUGGGAGAGCUGCCGGCACAUGACCCGUGGAGUGUGCAUUCCUCUGGCCUUUCCAGCCCACGUGGUGGAGGUGGCACCCUGGGGUGACCCAUUACCAUCAUGAAUGAGUAACAGCCUUUAUUGUUUGCUUUGAUUUGAAAUAGUUUCCAUUUUGGACAAAUGUGAGCUGAACGUUGGACAUGUUGCUUCCUGCACGCUUUUAUGAAUGGGUUUGUUAGGGUUUUGUUGUUCCUGUUUGAGUGAUUGAUUUGGGAUUAGCACUUUUACAUCCCAAAGGUUUUUGUGGUUCUCACAGCUAUGAGCUUUGUUCCCAAAAGCUUCAGUGAUGAACUUUGUUUGUGACAUUUGGUUGAGUCCGAAAUGUUUCACUCCACUGUUUAUGAAAUGAAAAAAAGCCUUACCUUAUGGUGUUGUUUUGACAAACCUUACUAUACAUGUUUUAUCUGUAACUGUUGAAGUCUACAUGUAAUUGUAUGUAUGAGCUUUUGUAGCUCGCGUUAACUUAUUUGUAUGUGAUCUUUUUUCCUUUCCUUAUGUGUAUGUAAUUAGUUGCGGUAUAUUGUUAAUAUGAAGUAGUAAGACUUUGUGUUUGACUUUUGGAUGUGAUGUGUAUAUUUUGUAAAAUAAAGUUUCUUUCAUUAUACA